ACAGUCUCGCGUGAUGAGACUUGCGACAUCGGGAUUUACUGUGAGACAGGAGCCGAGGCGUUUGUUGUUAUGACAUGUACGUAGUGAUCCGGGAGUGCGGGCUGUGUUUAGAGAAUUGGGACUGUUGGGGCAGUAUGGGGAAUGCUUCACCGACUCACUGGCAGACCUUAUUCCCAUUUCCUGGAGUCGGCGGAUAAAGCGAAGCCUGAGCCACGCACAAUAUGACUAGCUCUGCUUGUUCUCCAGUCCAAGCCGUCAAAACAAUGCAGAGAGAGGACGCUACGUCGUGGGUUUGUGGGGAGUCGGAAGAGAGGAGCAGCAGUGCCCCCGGUUCAUUAGAAGAUGAUAUGAGGCAGUUAGAGACAAGUUUGCGCCUUCAGUUGGACGAAUGGGCCCCUGUGCUCACUGCUGUCCAGCGCCUGUUGGUGUGGGAAAGAGCCCUGCCUAGCCUACUCACAGCCGCCGCUCUCCAUGGAGUCUUCUGGCUCUUCUCGUAUCUGUCCCCAAGACCUGUGUUUCUGUUAAGCUUUUUCAUGCUAUUAGUUCUUUGUGUGGCACGCUGGAAGCCCUGGCUGGUAGCACACUUCAGAGCACCAUCUUUUGGAGAGUUUUCCAGUGAUAGUGAAGUCCUAUCAUCUAUGGCUGCAACAGGGCACCCCCGCCUUCUAAGUGUGCCUGAAUUGUGCCACUACCUAGCAGAGAGCUGGAUAACUUCUCAGCAGUACAUCCAGGAGCUGGUGCUCUACAAGAAGCAGAAACCUGGCACUUUUUGCGCUGUGGUGUGCUCAGGCUGUGCUGUAAUGGCUACCGUCGGACAUUAUGUGCCAGGGAUUAUGAUCUCCUAUAUAAUCUUGCUCAGUGUUUUGUUGUGGCCAGUAGUCGUUUAUCGUGAGCUGAUUCAGAGAAUGUAUACAGCACUUGAACCAGUUCUCAUGAAGUUGGACUACAGCAUGAAGGGAGAAGGACUGCACCGCUCACACAAGAAGAGGCAGGCAAAAAAAGAAGCUGAACAAGGUGAAGAAUUGGUAGCUGAAACAGAAAGUGAAAGUGAGAUUGAGCUCUCUGGAUUUUCUCCUGAGAUGGAUGUAAGACUUACGGCCUUAGCUCUAUCCAUUACGGACUCUGAGCUGUCUGAUGAGGAAGCCUCCAUUUUGGAGAGUGGUGGAUUUUCAGUCUCUAGGGCAACCACACCCCAGCUAACAGAUGUGUCUGAAGAUCUAGACCAACAGAGCACUGUGACAGAAGAAGGUUCUGCACCCAAAGAGUCCAGUGACUUGUCUCAGUGGCUAGAGCAGCGCCCAACUGAAGAGAAGCCUUUAUUUGAAACUGAUAUGGCACACUCACCUGUCCAUACUCUAAACUUAGAAACUGAAGAGCUGUUACCUUCACUAACCUCCCCUCUGCACUUUGUCAACACUCACUUCAAUGGAAAGGGACAAGCAGUUGGAUUGGCAGGUGAAGUCCAAUCCUUGAGGGAGGGCAGUGGGGCUAUUCCCUCUGGUUUGCAGAGCCCCAUAAUGCCAGUUGCUAUUCUGGGACCCCCUCUUUCUGAAGUACAAGAACCAGGAGAUGAUGGAGAGGAUUUUGAGUUGUUGGAGCAAGAGGAGGUAGAUCAGAUGGAGAAGGAGCUGGAAGAGGCCGAGAGGUACCGAGCUGCCAGUACAUCCAAAACCCCAGUCUGUUCUCAAAUGGAAGAAGAGAAACCUGCUUCCUAGGGCCUGCAAAGACUAGAGGUGUAGGGGAGGAACACAAGGCUCCUCUCUGAUAUUAUCUACAUGCACAGUAUCUGAUAGACAACUCUACUCAAGGGAAAGUUAACUUUUAGUCUGUUACAUGCAAAAGUAACUGAAGCAACUUUGCUGUUGGUCUUCAUUUUUUUCUUUUAUCCUUUUAAUACUUCACCAUUUGAGUUUCCAUCCUGCCUGUUUCCAAAGUGAAAUAUAAAAUGCUAUUGGCUUGUUAUCGUUAGUGAUUAGAGGAACUGUAAAACAUUUAGGACAAUGGCACGGGCAUCAAAAUUUCUGAAAUUGCUUCCCUUAAAUGGAGGUGGCUAUGGCCUGGACCAUAGUGAUGUUAAGCAAAUUGCCAUUGCGAUGAAUGUGAUGUUUACUGUGGGCUAGUGGACCUACACAAAUGUGCUGAAUCACUGAUUUUCCAUUGUCCUGAAGUAUAUUUUUACUAUAUUUUUCGUUGUUGCUCUUGGGACUGUUGCUAGGGCACUGAGCAUGCAGUUUCAAUCCCAUACUGGAGAACAAGAAAAGUUUAAAAAAAUUAAGACCAACUGCAAAUUU